AUGGAAUCCACAGCUGAAGUGACGUUUUCCGAGCUGAAGCAGGGUCUGGCUGCAGGAGAGCUACAAGUAAUCGACGUGCGGCGGCCGGAGGAACUGCAAGCGGACGGGAGGAUGGUGGGAUCCACCAACAUUCCAUUGGAUGAGUUGGAAUCAGCCUUGCAGCUAUCAGAGGAGGAGUUCCGGGACCAGUACGGGAUAACGAAGCCUCAGAAGGGAGACGGUAACAUCGUGCUGACGUGCAGGUCCGGCAGGAGGACUAAACUGGCGCUGCCGAUCGCGCAGAGACUCGGGUACACCAGGGCUAAGAUAUAUGCAGGCGGCAUCAUAGAGUGGAAGAAAAACCACGGAGUGGACUAG